AUGCUCCUAAAGUCAGUUCUACUUGGCCUGGCGGUCGUCCUGACUUCCGUCGAGGCACAACGAUACGGCGACAACCACGUGCCUGUUCGCAGGGACAAUGCGACGAUCGAAGCAGCUUUCCCUGAUCCGAACACGAAGCUCAUUGCUCCAGCGUUCACGAAGCCGGAGAGUGUGCCCGGCGACUUUGCAAAUGGCAGUUCAGGGCCGACUGAUGACUACGAGCUGGACUACUUCCUCCGUAGCCUAGCUGCCAGAAAUGAGUGGAUGUCAUACUCCAGUGCAGAUUUCCAAUCAGAAGAAGGCCGGGCGUUUCCAUAUGUCUACCUUUCUGAGUCCAACCAAGAGUCGACUUCUGCGCUCAACACGUCGAAUAAAGUGCGAGUAUAUCUUCAAGCAGCUGUUCACGGAAAUGAGCCCGCAGGCGAUCAGUCUUUGCUGGCGCUUCUCGGCAAGAUGGACGCCAAUCAAACCUGGACUGCCUCCCUGCUCGAAAAGCUGGACAUUAUGAUCCUACCUCGAUACAAUCCAGAUGGAGUCGCGUAUUUCCAACGCACACUAGCAACUAACUUUGACCCCAAUCGAGACCAUAUCAAGCUCGCAAGGCGGCAAACGAGAGAUCUCAAGCAAGUGUUCAACGACUUCGCUCCGCAUGUGGCUGUGGACAUGCACGAAUAUGGCGCCGCGAGCACGUAUGGAGGCAGCUACAAGCAUGCUAGCGACGGUCUUUUCAGUGCAGCCAAAAACCUCAAUAUUCACCCCGAGAUUCGGCGGCUCUCGGAGGAAGUCUUCGCGGAGAACAUAGGUUCUGCCAUGGAGGCUGCUGAUUUACGAUGGGAGCCAUACGUGACCGGCAGCACCAAUUCUACACCUGGCUCAAGUAUCUCCUUCGCCGAAGCAGGUAGUGAUGGCAAGAUUGGCCGCAACGCCAUGGGCUUGACGCAGUCAAUCACUUUCCUCUGCGAGAUGCGUGGCAUCGGUAUUGCCGACCAAGAGUUUACCAGGCGUACCUUUUCAGGCUUGACCAUGGCCGAAUCGAUUAUCGAGACAGCCGCAGACAAUGCCCAAGACGUGUAUGACACGAUGGAAACCAGCAUCCAGGAAUUUAUCGACGGCCACGACGAGAUCAUUAUCACCGACUCCAGCGACGUGAUCACCCGACCAUAUUCCAUGAUCGACAUCACCAACGGAAGCGUGGUCCAAGUGCCAGUGGAGUUCUCAGUCACAACGCCCGUCAAUGCGAAUCUAACGCGCGAGCGUCCCGAAGCCUACCUUAUUCCCAAGGCUUGGGCAGACCUCGCCGAGCGACUUCGAAUCUACGGACUUGAGGUUCAGACACUGACUAACCCAUUCCGCGGCCAAGUCGAGACGCUGAACAUCACUUCGGCGGAAUUUGGGGACUCGUAUUACGAGGGAGUCGUGCUGCUCACCGUGACAACUGAGCCUAAGACUACUGAGGUUGAGCUACCGCCAGGAAGUUUCCUCGUAAGCACGAGACAGAAGAAUGCCGGAUUAGCGUUCAUUGCUCUGGAGCCGGAGAAUAUUGACAGCUUUGUCGCGUUCAACAUCAUACCGGUAGAGGUUGGGGAUGAGUACCCCAUAUUUAGAGUCGUUUCACAGUAG